AGCAGCAGGAGCAUAGCCAUGCCAGGGCAGCGACCCACGACACCGUGCCAUCCUGCAAUGCUGCUGAUGCUGCUGACGCUCUCGUGGCUGCCGUCGGGAGGAGCCCUAUCUCUGGCCCAGGAGCACCUUCCAGCCUUCCCAGGACCCUCAGAAGUGCACUCCAGUCCGAAUGCCUCCAGAUUGCAGGAGCUCCGGAAAAGAUAUGAAGAUUUGCUGACUAGGCUUCGAGGGAACCAAACUUGGGAAGACUCGAACCCCGACCUCAGCCCUGCCACUCAAGUCCAGAUACUCACCCCAAAGCUAACACUUGGACCAGGCGGCCACCUGCACCUGCGCAUCCCUCCGGUCAACCUGACUAAGGGGCUCCCUGCAGCCUCCCGCCUCCAUCAGGCCCUGCUCAAACUGUCCCUGCCAGAGUCGAGAUCGUGGGAUGUGACGCGACUGCUGCAGCGUCACAUUGGCAGCGUCGGAGUGUCCCGGGCGUCUGCACUGGGCCUGCACCUGCUGCCGCCUUCCGCUCGGUGGCUGGCUGCAUCACCUUCUGCACAGCUCCGGCUAGAGCUGCAGUGGAGGCCAAGCGCCCGCAGGGGACGCCGCAGCGCGCCCGCGCGCGCCCGGGACGGCUGUCCGCUUGGGGAGGGGCGAUGCUGCCGCCUACAGAGCUUGCGUGUAUCGCUCGAAGACUUGGGCUGGUCGGACUGGGUGAUUGCGCCGCGGGAGCUGGACGUGCGCGUGUGCAGCGGUGCGUGCCCAAGCCAGUUUCGGUCGGCUAACAGGCAUGCCCAAAUGGUGGCGCGUCUGCACCGCUUGAAGCCUGGGCUUGCUCCUGCACCAUGCUGCGUUCCCUCCAGCUACGAGCCGGUGGUACUCUUGCACCGGGAUAGCGAGGGCCAUGUGUCCCUCACGCCCUACGAGGACCUCGUGGCCAACGACUGCCACUGCUUAUGAGCUGACCUAGGCCUUCACUUGCGGCACGUGUGCAAUGGAGGUGACCUCAGCCCUUGCCUGUUGAAUGAAAUACGCUAGUGGGACCUGAAGUACCCCAUCAUAACCACUGCCGUCUGUGGCCUCCCGCCUACACUGCUGUAUUUAUAAGUUGGUAUUUAUUACUAAUUUAUUGGGGUUACCGGCCUGGGGACCGAAGGGCUUGGGGAGGACUGGGCCAGCAAAGUGUGCAGUUAUUUAAACUCUGGUUAAUAAAAAUGAAGCUAUCUGA